ACGAAUUUACCUCUGGCUAAUAAUCUGAUUCGUAAGGAGUAGAAGUGCGUAAUGUGAAGUAAACGUUUUAAUACAAGUAAUUUGACGUUUUAAAAUGGUUAAAGACGAUAUCAUUCUUCUAUAUGUCCCAAAGAAACCUCCCAGCUUCUCUUAAGGGUCCUCAUACCGAGGCUAAAGAAAUUUGUGGACUUAAAUUCGUCAAUAUUGACAUUUGUCAUCGAUCCUCUCAUUAGGUAGUUUCGUUUUGGGCUGCUAUUGUUCCAGCACCUGAAAGCUUUCGGGUUAUACUGAAAAACAUAAUAAGAGCAAUAAAAGGGUCACGAAAAUUGCUCUUCUCCAGUCACCUAGGUGAAAACAUGCACAGAAACUGGUCUGGCUUAUAAACUGAUAAUCCGGAGUUAUUUUUAAGUCAUGUCAGAGACACCUGUUUAAUGUGCUUCCAUGCAUUGUCAUGUACAAAAACGUCAGUUUUUGUGUGAAGAUCAUCUAUUUUUAUGAUUUAUCGGCUCAGGGUCACUUGUGGGUUCGUAUAGCAUGGGACGUGAUACUUUAACUGCAAUGUUUGCCUUUUAAUAAUUACAUUCUGUCUUAUUAUUCUUUUGCCUUUUACACUUACCUUACCAACCCAUUUGCUCUAAACUGGUGCCGAAAUAGUUGGCAUUUGCGAGUGAAUUAUAUUAAGAAUGUUUAUAAAUUCUCACGGAAUAUAUAUAUGAUUUCUGGCCAUGUGAUGUAGUAGAUCAAAAACAAACGGUUUAUUAGGACUGUGACUUGGGAUCUCUUCUGUGACCCGAAAAGGCUUCACAACAUUCACGAGAAAGCCCAGUAUUAGGUGAGGUGUUCAUGUGUUUGUCAGAAAGAUAUAUAUUGGGAUUAUAAUAAGGCUCCUGUUUCUCGUCGUUUGUAAACAGAAUACACACGAAAAGUACUCUUAAGUAUGUGAAUAAGUAAAUGGUGUAGUGUGAAUGUUAAAUAUAAAAACAGCGAAAGCUGUGACUUGUGGGUUCAGUUAUUUCACUUUCAACCUAUGUGUCACGCCUUAAAAGCCCACUUCACUUACUGAAGUUUGGGCAUCCGGAUAGUAUUGUCUCUUCAUUCCCUGGGUUUGGGUUGUUGCUAAGUCCUGAUCUAUGUAGUUUUUGGGUAACCUUUCAUUUACCUUAGUAUCUGAGUAAAAGGCGCUUUACUAGUUAUUCGACUUAUUAACUUAUUCAUUACUCAGAACUGCUUGUCUGAGGUCUUAACAAGGGCAAUUAUUGUCGUGCACACAAGGUAUGGAUCUAAUAAUUUUAUGAAUUUAGGUACUUGUAUACUGAUAAAUUUGCCUAUUGCUUCAUAUUCCACUCAUACAAAAUUAAUUGAAACUUAAAGCGUAUCAAGCAAAUUUUGGCCUGCAUUAUCCCGUAGCAUUAGUUUACUGAAUUAAUUCCAUCUUUAUUGUUACGUUUGCUCACAUGAAUAACUAAUUAUUAUUCCUGACCAUCAUUCUUUACAAAUCUAAUAGUUUCAUUAUGUUUUAUAUGAAUACGUACAAAUUAUCCUUUCGAUCUUUCCUCGUCUUUUAACUUUUACCAGUAGCAUUCAUUAAAAUAAAACUACCAGUAUCUGCACUUUACAUAUGUUAUGUUCAAUUCAUUUUUCUUGUAAUGAAACAGAGUAUCUGAGUCCACAUUUCAAGUUAAAAUUUUUUUUGUAGGUUAAUUGUGACAACAGUCCAUGAUACUCAAUACUUCUGUUUGGCAUGUCCAUAAAAUCUCAAAACACGUUUUCUUCAGCUAUUCAACUGAAUACCAUAGAUGACUACAUUGCUCCCACACAGGUUAGGACCAAUUUUUAGAAGCUUCAUUACAUUAGGCGUGUAUCAAACCAGUUAAGAUCGACAAGUCCAUUGGAAAAACUAAGUCCAUCAGGAUUGAAGAAGACGGUUCUUAUAUUGCUGUAACUGAGGAUGGUAAUAAACAUGUAUUACAAAAAGCAUCUAUCAGUCUUAAUGAUUGUUUAGCAUGUAGUGGCUGUAUCACUUCUGCAGAGACCAUUCUCAUAUCGGAACACAGCUCAUCUGUAUUGUUAGAAGUUUUGGCACAAAAUGAAACAAAAAGGAGUAUUAUAGUUUUCACAUUGUCUCCGCAAAGCAUUACUAAUUUAAUGGCUUAUAUAUCAAACUGCCCGGAAAGUAAAUUAGCCAAAUGUUUCAGCUGUUCCAAAUUCACUUCACCUAAACCGAAUGCAAAUGAUUUCAGAACCUUCAUCACAUCAUGUCUUCUUGCUAUGGGAGUGCAUCUGGUUAUAGAUAUUACCUGGGCUCGCGAUUUAUGUCUUUACGAAGCUGGAUUGGAAUUCAUAGCUCAUUCCGCAAGCGAAAAAUAUGGACGUACCGAGCUAUGCCACUGUUUUCCAGUAUUUGUCCAGGCUGGAUAUGUUAUGCUGAGAAAAGCCCCAGUAGCUCAGUCAGUUCUACUGAGUCCACUCACAAUGAAUUUUCAAUCCUUCCACACAUAUCUAAAAUACGUUCUCCUCAACAGAUAGCAGGCAGGAUUAUUAAACUUCUUGGUGAAGAAAAGUGUUUUCAUGUUAGUAUUAUGCCAUGCUUUGACAAGAAGUUAGAAGCCUCUAGAGAAGAAUUCUCAGUACAGUCAAGUGUUGCUGAUUGUCGUGUUCCAGAUGUUGAUCUAGUUUUAGCUACCAAUGAGUUACUUUACUUACUGGAGUCAUUUUGUCAUGAAUCUGAUGGUUCUGUUGUCUUUUCUCCGUCUACGCACGCCGCCGAACUUGAGGAAAAUAACAUUUUAAUAUUAUCAAGGUUAUGUGAAGUAUUCCAUGGACAGUGGAAUGUUUGUAAUAGGAUUAACAAUAUGCCUUCCGAAGCCAAAGGUGUUGUUCCUAUGUAUAGACAUAGUGGAAGUGGUUCGGGUGGGUAUGCAGCAUACAUUUUCAGAUUUGCUGCAGAAAAAUUAUUCUCUAUAAACUUGGAUCUUAAUUUAUCAGAAGAUGAACAUGUAAUAGUUCGUCAGCUACAAAAUCGAGACUUACAGGAAAUGUUGUUGUUUAAUACAAAAGAUGAUCGUGACUUGGCAGCAUCACUGCUUGCAUCCCGUUCAAAUCGAAUUCCUUAUCGGCAUUUAGAAGUAGAACCAAAAGCUCUGCUAGUAUUCGCAGUGGCUAAUGGAUUCCGUAAUAUUCAAACUAUUGUGCAGUAUUUACGGAAAAUAUAUCAAGUUGCCAAGUAUGAACGAAAAAAGCUCAAACAAACAAAAUCAAUCUAUCCAUUCGAUUAUGUGGAAGUGAUGGCUUGUCCAAACGGUUGUCUUAAUGGUGGUGGACAAAUAAAAGAAUUGUUGAAAGAAACGAAUGAAGUCUACGCAAGUCUUACAGUUGCUGAACCAAUGUCAAACGAUUUAGUACAGAGCUUGUAUGCAUUCAUAAAAUCACGAGAUCCAGACCGAAAAAGUCUACAUACUACAUACAGACUGUUCCCAAAAUUGAAAUUAUCAAUCCCAGUGCUUUAAAAUGGUGAAUAACAGACUGAAUCAGAUUAUUUGUAUUUUCCCAAUACAGUUAUACUUUCUUGGAAA